AUGCAUGCACAUUUUGCACAACCAAUACAGGCAGCUGCAGCAGCAGCUGUAGCAGCAGCAAUGGCUGUAUCAAAUACAUCAUCCACUUCAUCAACAUCUGAACCACAUGCAUCAACACCUAUACAUCAUACAGCAACAAAAACCGAAUGGAUGGAAGCUAUUGAACAACAACGUUUAGAAAGAUCAACACUAAAUCGAUUGAUUAUUAAUUAUCUUGUCACUGAGGGAUUUAAAGAAGCAGCAGAAAAAUUUGCUGAAGAAGCUGGAAUAUCAUUAAGUAAUGUAGAUUUAACAUCACUCGAUGAACGUUUAAGAAUUCGUGAAGCAAUUGAAAGUGGAAGAAUUCAAGAAGCAAUUAAUUUAAUUAAUACAAAAGCACCUGAAUUACUUGAUCAAAAUCGACAAUUAGCAUUCCAUUUAAAGCAACAACAUUUAAUAGAAUUGAUACGUUCAAAUUUAAUUGAUGAAGCAUUAACCUAUGCUCAAAUUCAUUUAGCUGAAUUUGCUGAAGAAGAAAUUAAAAUGCGUCAAGAAUUAGAAAAAACUAUGGCAUUACUUGUCUUUGAUAAACCAUUAGAAUCUCCAUAUGGUUAUUUAAUGCAAAUAUCACAUCGACAACAAGUUGCUAAUGAAAUCAAUAGUGCAUUACUUAUUUAUCAAAAUGAUGAAUCCGAAUCAGAUUUAUCAAUGUUAGUUCGAAUGGCAACUUAUAUGCAAGAAAAAUUAGACAAUAAACAAUUACGUUAUCCUAAAUUGGUUGAUAUUGCUAGUGGAAAAUUAGAUGACUCUUAA